AUGAGACAUAGCCUUAUUGCAUCCGGCCUGGUCGCUGUCGCAAGAGCUCAUUCUGCUUAUGACUUUAUAAUCGUUGGUGGCGGCACCGCCGGCGUGGUAGUCUCAACACGCCUCAGCCAGACCCUCCCAGACUGCUCGGUGCUGGUGAUUGAAGCUGGACCCGACGAGCGCGAUCUCGCUGCUAUCUCCAUCCCAGGCCUUGAAGGCGUGUUAGGGACCAAAUAUGACUGGAACUUCACUACCACUCCUCAGCCUGGUGCAAACAACCUGACCAUCACCAUGAACCAAGGCAAGCUGCUUGGUGGCAGCUCCGCGCUUAACCUGCUUUCCUAUGAUCGGGCCACGAAUACAGCGGUCAAUGGCUCGGCAGGUCUUGUGGGAAUGGGCGUUGGCGAAGCUGGGCCAAUUCACUUCCUCGUCAAUCACUUCUCGCCGGCUCAGCAGGAAGCUUUCUUUCCCACCAUGCAGAAUCUCGGGUGGGAGCAGACGUAUUCGUUUCUGGAUGGCGACAUGCUGGGUUGGAUGCGGCAUACCAGCAACAUCCUGGACGUCAACUAUACGAGGUCUUAUAGCCCAGCAUUCCUCAGUAUUGCUCCUUCCAACCUGGAGAUCAUGGUCAAUACGACCGUCGCAAACUGA